UCCUGUCAUGAUUUAUUACCCUAUAUCCUGCCUCCAGAGUGGUUUGCAUUUUUUUUGUAGGUGCCUUAUACAGUAGUAGGCUAUAUCCUGUGCAGAAUAACUGGCGCUUGUGCAGAUCAGGGAGUGCGUGCGCGUCCCACAACUUUAUUUGAACUUGGUGUUUGCUGCCCUGCUGUUGAUGUUGCCAUGGCGGACAGUAUGAACUGCAAAUACUGCCGGGAGGACCUGAGUGGGAAGAAGUACGUUAAACAGGAGGAGAAGCCUGUCUGUGUCCGAUGCCAUGACAAGUUCUGUGCCAACAACUGCACUGAGUGCCGCCGCCCUAUUGGCAUCGACUCCAAGGAGUUGCAACAUAAAGGCCGUUAUUGGCACGCAGACUGCUUUCGCUGCUACAAGUGCUACAAGCCAUUAGCCAAGGAGUCCUUCAGUGCUAAGGAUGACCGCAUCAUGUGUGGGAAGUGCAGCUCCCGGGAGGAUGCCCCUCGUUGUCACGCCUGCUACAAAGCCAUUCUAGCCGGCUCUGAGAAUGUGGAGUAUAAAGGCAAUGUGUGGCAUGAGGACUGCUUCACCUGUUACCAGUGUAAAAAACCCAUCCGCUCCCAAAGCUUCCUGACCAAAGGCACUGACAUCUACUGUGGCCCUUGCCAUGAGAAGAAGUUUGCUAAGACCUGUGUCAGCUGUAAGCAGACCAUCACCUCCGGGGGAGUGAACUACCAGGAGAACCCAUGGCACUCAGAAUGUUUUGUCUGCAGCUCCUGCCGAAAGCCUCUGUCUGGGACCCGCUUCACCUCCCACGAGGAGAAGGCUUUCUGUGUGGACUGCUACAAGACUACUGUAGCCAAGAAAUGCAGCGGCUGCCAGAACCCCAUAACAGGUUUCGGCAAAGCCACCAAUGUGGUGAACUACGAGGGCAGCUCGUGGCAUGAGUACUGCUUCAACUGCAAGAAGUGUUCCCUGAGCCUGGCUAACAAGCGCUUUGUGGCCAACGGAGGGAACAUCUUCUGCUCCGACUGUGCCAAGGACUGAGGUGAACUUGGAACAGAAACAGUGGGUCUGCUAGGCCAGCUUUUCAGGGAUGUGAAGCUGAAAGCAAUUGUUUUACUUUUCAUUUUACAGCGAUAGCGAGGGAUACAAAUAUUUGGAUGAAAUCUGUGGAUUCGGUGGGGUAAUCGAGUAUCUUCCUAAAGAUUGGGGUCAUGUUCUACAGGAGACAUUUCAACCCUGGGGAACUUCAAAACCGUAGCUGUUAAUUCAAAGGUCUUAAAGGGAAAAACAGUGUCCCAGAGAGAUUGCUUAGCUAAUAGUUAUUGUGAUAAGCACUUUAAAUUUGUCACUUACCGUGCACAAAGCCAAUGAAAAUAUCUGAAAAUCCAAUAUAAUGAACUGCAUGUCUGGUGUCUUGCAUAUGUGGGUCUGUAAUCAGCAAUAAACAAAUAUAUUUCCACAAA